GUAGGUCACCAUGUGAGACCGGUAUAUCAACGCUUUCACGUCUAAGCUUGCCUAUCGAGAAGAGAUGGCAGCGGCACCACCGGCGUAUACCACCGACGCUUCCCUGGCAAACGCAUCCAGCGCCUCGGACUCGAGCGACGCGGCAACACGCCCAUCGGAUGCUCCGCCGAGCUAUCACUUCCCAACCGCUUUCACCAUCGGUUCGAAGAAACUCGAUAACCCUCUCGUGGACGUUCCGGAGCUGAAAGUGCACUUGGAUUUGCUUGGCGCCUUCUAUGUGCUGAAGAAUGCAGUGAGCUCUGGAGUCGACGAGCGUCUGCCUCAGCCUGUCCGCGCCUUGGCCGAACCUGAACAACGAUGGGGUUGGUUUGUGUCCCUGGCAGUCGAGAGAUUCCAGCGCUGGCUAUACGACGUGAAGGCAACGCCUCUGGACUCGUGGGUAGAGCAAGAAGUGCCGCCGCUUGACGUCUGGAUGGUCUGGCACGCCUACCUCCUAAACCCGGCCUGGUACGCCGAAGAUUGCACGAGGCUGCCGAUCAUGGCCCCGCUCAAGAAGCUUCGUGAUCGUUUCCUGCCAGCACUGGCCAGAAUAGGCGAUCCGUUCACUUAUCGCCCAUCGCCUGAGCGGGCGGAUUUCUGGCUGAAGCGUACAGGCACCCCCUUCGAUCCUCUUGACGCCUGCUCCGCCCUCGUUGACAGGGAGGUCCAGUGUCCCAAGUGUGGCACUGUGGUAGUGAUACCCUAUAUCGAUGCGGACGGAACAGGAUAUGCACAACAGAACUUCAAGGUUGCAUGUCGGUCGAAAGACUGCAACUUCGAAAUAACGAAGGAAACGUUGGCGGUUCAGAAGUUCAUGAACAACCUCGCGAUUGACCUACAAGAUGCCAAGCAACUAGGUUACGAGAUUUACAUGGCUGGAUCGUUGCGCACAAGUACGGAGUCCAAGGAUACAGCACGGGCUCACAAUGUCAAAAUCCGGCUCCUCCUCAAUCCCGUGUACAGGCACUUGCAGGACAUGGGCAAGAAGACGCCAGAGGAGCGUAAGGCGGCCCUGGACGCGGUUGCGAAAUCUCAUGACUUCAAGAUGAUUCGUGUGCGGGCGUUCGCGGGCUCCAAGAUGCCUGGCAUGAUCAAAUUGUUGGGCAGGAUUGCGUCGGCGUACGUUGACGACCGUCCGUUCUCGGUCGAGCUAGUUGGCGCGGUUCUGCGGCAAGGAUCGUUCGUGGACAAGAUGCAUGCUCUGGGGUGGACGAAUCCGGACUACUUCAGAAGCGCCGAUGACGAAGUCGUGCUCAAGCAUUGCAUAGCGCGGUAUCAUGCAUUCCUCGAUCUGAUGGCUCACUCGCCUGCGGGUUUCUUCGUUCCGACGUUGGAUAUUGACCUGGCCUGGCAUACACAUCAGCUCAAAGCGGACAAGUACCACGUCAAUUGCAUGACUUUUGUGGGCCGACAUAUUGACCACGAUGACAAGGUGGAGGAGAACAGGCUCGCAAACUCCUUCGAUCUCACUUGUCGGGCCUGGAAGUCGCGUUUCGGUAUUCCAUAUAUGCACUGCGGAUGUCCUGUCCCCGGUGACACCAUAGGCCAGAAGAUGUCUCGGUUGACCAAGCACGUCCUCUCGGGUUCGUCGACAGAGGUCCACUCGGACUCGCCUCUCGUCCCUCCGUCGCAUCCGGAGGCGCUCGCGAGCACGCACCCGAGCGACCACAACGCGGUAUACUCCUUCACACACAGGGUCUCGAGCGAGGCCGCGCGCACGAAGCGCAGACUGAAGCUCGAGAAACGCCAGCAGCGCGAGAAGGGAGCGGCGGACGAGAAAGCUCGCGCGUGGCAGCAUGAACCUGCGUUCUUGGUGCCGGUGCCGCUUUGGUACGGCUAUGCGCCGUGCGCGGGGUAUGCUGGGGUCGUCAAUUCGGCUACUUGGAGGGGGCGGGGGCCUGCGCAGUAGGGGCAGGGGCCUGUGGUGUAGGAGGAUGUGCUGGAGGAGGUGGAUGCGGAGGAGGAGGUGGAUGCGGCGGGGGCGGAGGUUGUGGAGGAGGUGGAGGAUGCGGUGGUGGCGGAGGGUGCGGAGGCGGAGGCGGCUCCUGAGGCGCUGUUCAUCUCGGUUACCGAAUCCCUUUCUAGGUAUGCAGGAGCUUCGCAGAGCUUUACUUGAUUGUUUGUAACAAGAAGGGUGAAGUGAAGGAGGUGCGGCUACGUUGCCAAAUGGAGAUCUAUUUUACUGCCUGCGGAUAUAUCAUAGCCCCUUAACCUUGAUGUUUCAUCAGGUCAAAUGCAUCUAUAUCAACGUUCAUUUCUUCUGUAUGAGCAC